GCGCACGGCGGGGGCGGCGCGGGGCGUCCGGCGCAGCCAUGGCGGGGGCGCUGAGGAAGACCACCGGGCUCGUCGGAUUGGCUGUAGCUGAGAACCCUCAUGAGCGCCUGCGAAUACUGUACACAAAAAUCCUUGGUGUCCUGCAAAACAUUCCUAAAGAUGCAGCAUACAGGAAAUACACCGAGCAGAUUGUGAAUCAGCGACUCAAUUUGGUGCAAGCGGAGACUGAUGUGCAAAAACUACAGGACAAACUGAAUAGCGGUCACAUAGAAGAAGUCAUUGUACAGGCUGAAAAUGAGCUUUCCCUGGCAAGAAAAAUGAUACAGUGGAAACCAUGGGAACCUCUAGUUGAAGAACCUCCUUCUGACCAGUGGAGAUGGCCAAUAUAAUUUUCAAAAGGGUGUAUCCUCUUGAAAGUAAAAAAAAUAUAUUAAUUAUUAAUCUAUUGCUACUGACUGUUGUCUUUAAAUUAAAGAUUAUAACAACUUCAUAAAAA